CUCUGAUCAACCAGCCAUUUUGUUAGAUUGAGUAAAAUGAAUUAAUUUAAAAUAUUGUUUUCAAUCUACCUGUAAAAAAUAUUGUCGUGUAGCUUGGCCCAACUGUCCAUCUCCAUGUAUAUUUUGCCGGAGCUACCGUUGCAAGUGCUGUUGCUAUUCUGAAACGACCAAAUUUUGCCUGGACGAUCAGCUGUCAUAGGGACCUUUGACGUGUAGAAUACAAACAAAUCUUAUUUUAUCAGUUUGAUAUGCUGUUGGCGCGAUGAACGGAAUUUUUUUCGAACAGCUUUCGAGCGUUGCUGGGGUUUUUGAUCAAUGGGGCCCGUGCGAGAAGACAAUUGUGGCAUGCGCUUUGGCUAGGCGUGUGCCCUGGCCGGGUCUGAAGCUGGUGCAUCGAGCGGUGGAGGCUGCCCUGCAAAACCAUGUCAUGCAAGAAGACGAGAGAUUAGAGCAUGAAGCUAAUGAUGAAGCAAUCCUGACUGGUUUGCUUGCAGUCAGAUGUGAAGAUGAUGAUAAUGAGGGUGCUGAUCAAUUAAGAAGAUUGCUGAUGCUGCUUCCAUUUUUGCGGACAGACAACGAGCGCGCGAAAGAUGUUUUUGUGGCAGGGGCUCAGACAUUAGUCCAAAGAUGUGUUGAUGCUCCGCGGCGCGCUACUACAUCACCAGACCUGUGCAGACAGCUACUCUCCUACCUUCUUGUACACCCUGCACUUACUCAUAAUGACCAAAAAACUUUGACACAAUGGCUGCGCCACCUAGAAAAUCAUAUAUCAGGCAACAGGACCACAGAAACUGUUUGGCAGCAAAGGAUAGAUCCCUGCUUAUUUUCAGACUCAAACAUUUGGGGUGUAAGCAAUACUUUUAGGCGGACAAUCGGCAAGAAUGUCGAGUUUAGAAGCUUAGUUGAACCAAUAGAGACGUGUUACAUUGAUAUACUCCAAGAAUCAUUCUCAAAAAACGGACGUGACGUCGACAUUAGUUUAGAAGGUGAAAAGCUGAAUUUCGACAUUACAAUAACGCAGCCGAAGUCGGAAAGAUCGAACAGUUUGACUCCACCCACGACGAACUUUAUGCAUAUGUCGUCAUCGGCGGAAAAUUUGAGCGACGAGCCCUUUGUGCAGAAGCCAAGAAGUUUUUCGCUGUCUAGUGAACACAGUCUAAGUCAGUUACGGCCAAUAAGUAUAAUGUACGGGACGACUGGGAGUGAGACGCGGCUGGAUGACCUGCGGUCGCACAACUUCGGAGAGCACCCUGGGAUGUCGACGGUGACGCAAUGGCUCAAAAGUCUGAGGUUACAUAAAUAUGUGUGGCUGUUCACCAAUAUAAGUUAUGACCAAAUGAUCGCAAUGGAUGACAAAUAUUUAGAGGAAUUAGGUGUGACAAAAGGAGCCCGCCACAAACUGCUCCUGUCGAUAAAGAAGCUAAGCGAACGAUCAGCCAUCUUAGAAAGCAUAGAGUCUGAGUUGACUUCCAACGUGACCCCAGUAAGUUUGGCCCGAGCGCUGGAGAAACUGCGGGGGGUGUUGCUGAGUCCCAUGCCACCAGCGUCGGAGCUGCCGCAGCAUAUUGUCAGGGUGCUUGAUAUCGCAUCGACCGCCCUCAGUAGCGGCAGCAACAGCACGCGGCUGCCCACCAGUGCGACGGAGGACGACCACGAGCCGCCAGUGGACCCACUCUCCCUGCACUGCUGGCUUAUUGAGAAGGCGCUACACCACGAAGCGUUCACUCAGCCAGAAUUAGUCGAGCAAUUAAAGCGGCUACGUCACCGCUUGCCCCCGAGGCAGUUCUUCCACCACGUAAGCGACAUGCCGCUGAACAGGCGGUGUCCGAAGCCAAGAUGGCGUUUAGGCCCCAACGGGUACCAGAAAGUGGUUCAGCGCCGAUCGUGGGCGCCGCAGUACAGCGUGGCGCCGCCUGCGCCCCGCGGCAAGUCCAACUCCUACCCGCCCUUCCCGCCCGCCGCCGCGCCGCGCCCGCCGCCCGCCGCGUCGGCGGCGCUCAGCGACGAGUACAGCAGUCUAGACGCGUUGUGUUUACAGAUGACAGAACAAGCCAUUAAUUAAAUAGACCAAUAGGCUAUUUUACAACUGUCAGACAGGUCACAUUGAACUGUCUAGCAGGUUGUUCAACAGACUGUAUUGAACUGUUCAACAGACUGUAUUGAACUGUUCAACAGACUGUAUUGUACUGUUCAACAGGCUGUAUUGGACUGUUCAACAGGCUUAAUUGAUUGAUUCAAAGGGACACGUUGAAUGGUUCAACAGGCCAUAUCACAUUGUUCAAAUGAUUGAACUGAACUGUUCACAAGGCUUUAUUGAAUAUAGGUCUAAGGCAUCCAAAUGGACUGUUUAUAACCAGUGGUUGUUAAAUUUGUUAUGGUGUUAUAAGUGCAAUACGAAAGUGAUGUGCAAUUCUCCAAGGAAUAUGUAUACAUA